AUGGAAAUCGAAGACCAAUGAGCCAACCCGAUCAGUAAUUCUCCCAGCCUCAAGCGUUCUCUCAGCAUGGCUGGCUCUAUUGGCUAAGGAACAAGGUGUUACAGUACUAAUUGUUUGUUUGUGUUAUCAUCUUCAGCUAGUUUGCGCACGCCAAAGGGAACGAUCUGGAAAAGAAAUAGCUAACUUGAAGUGGCCUGGACUGGACAAAUAUACCCUGACAAUAGUUAGUAUGCUCAGUAUCCUUGUGGGAUUUCGGGUGUGGAUACUGAACGGAAGUCUACCUCAGUUUUCUGAACAAGACAAUCCGGCUGCCUUUUCACAGUCAUUGCUCUCCAG